UUUGAUGAGAGUGAUCAACCUAUUAAAUCAUUUAUUUUAAAAGUGUGUUUCUUUGUGUGUGUGUGUGUGCGUUUGAUAGAUACAUACAGAUAGUUGAUCUUCUGAUUAAUUUUAUAUAUCCUGUUUCGCAUUAUAACAGAAAAAAAAGUUUGCCGCCCAAUAAAUAAGGAUUUUCAAUCACAGUCAAUCAUCAUCAUCAUUAUCAUCAUUAACAAUGGAUUCUAAUCGUCCAAUACUUACAAUGGAUACAAUCAAUAAUAAUUUGGUUAAAAUGGAAUAUGCUGUUCGUGGCCCAAUACCGACGCGUGCUGUUGAAUUAAUUCAGGAGCUAAAAAAUGGCGCCGAAAAACCAUUCGAUGAAGUGAUUCGUGCCAAUAUCGGUGAUUGUCAUAUGAUGGGUGAAACACCAAUGACAUUUAUACGACAAGUUCUUUCAGCAAGCCUUUUUCCUAAAUCGGCUUUAUCCGAUACACAGCUGCCAAGUGAUGUAAAAGAACGAAUAAAAUUAUUAUUAUCCAAUUGUGGUGGCCAAUCAGUUGGAGCUUAUUCCGAUUCGGCCGGUGUGGAAAUUAUUCGUCGCCAUGUUGCCGAAUAUAUUGAACAACGUGAUGGCUAUCCAAGUGAUUGGCGUAAUAUUAUUCUCACCUCCGGUGCCAGUGAAGGUGUUAAAUUGAUUUUUACAUUAAUUAAUUCGGCUUCAACCGAUGGUAUACCAACUGGUGUGAUGGUACCGAUUCCACAAUAUCCCUUAUAUUCAGCUACUUGUAGUGAAUUAGGAAUGAAUCUAAUUUCCUAUUAUCUGGAUGAAGAAAAUGAAUGGGCAUUAGAUAUUGCCGAAUUACAACGGGCAUUAGAUGAAUCAAAAUCCAAAUGUAAACCAAAAGCUAUUGUUGUGAUUAAUCCGGGAAAUCCAACUGGCGCUGUAUUGACCAAAGAUAAUAUUGCUCAAAUCAUUCGAUUUGCACGUGACAAUAAUCUAUUGAUUGUUGCCGAUGAAGUCUAUCAGCAUAAUAUUUGGAAAGAAGGAGCACAAUUUUAUUCAUUCAAAAAGAUAAUGAAAGAAAUCAAUGUUCAAUUGGAAUUGGUUUCAUUAAUGAGCGCUUCAAAAGGUUAUAUGGGUGAAUGUGGUCUUCGUGGUGGUUAUAUGGAAAUUGAUAAUUUCGAUUCCGAUGUUAAAGCCGUUCUGUUUAAACAGAUUAGUGCUCGUCUGUGUUCAGCAUUGAUCGGUCAAUUUGCCAUAGAUUGUAUUGUUCGGCCACCACAACAAGGUGAACCAUCUUAUGAAUUACAUCAGAAAGAAAAAGAAACUGUCCUUGCAUCACUUAAAGGUCGUGCUGAAUUAACUACACGUACAUUGAAUUCAUUACCUGGAAUAAGAUCAAAUCCAGUAGCCGGUGCAAUGUAUGCAUUCCCACGUAUUCAAAUACCGGUUAAAGCAGUUGAAGAGGCUGAAAAACUUGGCCAAAAACCAGAUUUUUUCUACUGUAAACAGCUAUUAGAAAAGACGGGUAUAUGUCUAGUACCUGGUUCUGGUUUCGGCCAAAUACCUGGAACGUAUCAUUUUCGAACAACGAUAUUACCACAGCCAGAAUUAUUCUCUAGAAUGAUGAAUAAAUUUCAACAAUUUCAUCUAAAAUUCCUAGAACAAUACGGUGGAAUAUCGAUGGUUAACAAUGGCCACGGUUAAUGAUUUGGAACGAAUUACCAUCAUUUCAACGAGAUACAACUGUAUUAAUACAAUAGAUUACUGAAAUAUUGUAUCAAUUUUCUAUUACUACAGUUUAAUAAUAAAACCCUCUUAGAAUAUUCCUUUGAA